GCCCCAGGGACCUCUGACCACGUGAUGCACUGCGUGCAGGGGUGUCCCCCCCUCCCCGGCCCUCACCCUCGGGGUCUUCCUCUCCCACUGUGCUGCUACUUCGUUCUCCUCUGCCAUCUUUUUAAACCUCCUCUUUCCACUUUUCCUCCUUUUCUCUCCUCCUCUUUUACUCCUUUCUAGCUGUGCUGUUUCAUCUGUGUCCUGUUUCCCUGCCUGCUUUCCUUUUUUGUCCCCCAUCGUUGCCCAGCGAGUCGCCGUGGGAUCCCCUGACCCGUCUCCCUCCUGACUGAGUCAUCUGCCCUGUUGGGAUUCUGCCUGACCUUACCUGGAAUCAAGGGAUUCACUGUUUCCUGGCAUCCUGGGUAAUGUGAGCAGAGCCCAGGAAUGCCUUAUGUGGAUCGGCAGAACCGAAUCUGUGGGUUCCUGGACAUCGAGGAGAAUGAGAACAGCGGCAAGUUUCUGCGGAGGUACUUUAUUCUGGACACGCAGGCCAACUGCCUUCUCUGGUACAUGGACAACCCCCAGAACCUGGCAAUUGGGGCAGGAGCCGUCGGAUCUUUGCAGCUGACCUACAUCUCGAAGGUGAGCAUAGCCACCCCAAAGCAGAAACCCAAGACUCCGUUGUGCUUUGUCAUCAACGCCCUCUCGCAGAGGUAUUUUCUUCAAGCCAAUGACCAGAAAGAUCUGAAGGACUGGGUCGAAGCCCUGAACCAAGCCAGCAAAAUCACUGUACCCAAAGUUGGGAACCUGCCCCUGACGACCGAAGUUCUCAAGAGCCUAGCAACUCCUCUGGCCCUAGAGAAGAAGCCACAGGUGGCCUACAAGACAGAGAUCAUCGGAGGCGUGGUGGUACACACGCCCAUCAGCCAGAACGGUGGGGAUGGGCAGGAAGGGAGUGAGCCCGGCUCCCACGCCAUCCUUCGAAGGUCUCAGAGUUACAUCCCCACGACAGGCUGCCGUGUCCCCACCGGGCCCCCCCUCAUUAAGAGCGGCUAUUGUGUGAAGCAAGGGAAUGUGCGCAAGAGCUGGAAACGACGCUUCUUUGUGCUGGACGAUUUCACCAUCUGCUACUUCAAGUGUGAGCAGGACCGAGAACCACUGCGUACCAUAUUCCUCAAGGAUGUUCUCAAGACCCACGAGUGUCUGGUCAAGUCUGGCGAUCUGCUGAUGAGGGACAACCUGUUUGAAAUAAUAACCAGCUCCAGGACCUUCUACGUGCAGGCAGACAGUCCAGAAGACAUGCACAGCUGGAUUAAGGAGAUCGGGGCAGCUGUCCAGGCCCUCAAGUGCCACCCCAGAGAAAUGUCCUUUUCUCGAUCCAUUUCUUUGACCCGCUCUGGAAGCUCCAGCCUCUCAGGGGGGCCCAACUCUGUCUUGUGCAGAGGGCGGCCGCCUCUGGAGGAGAGAAGGGCCCUCUGCAAAGCCCCCUCCGUGGCUUCCUCCUGGCAGCCCUGGACACCUGUCCCCCAGGCUGGGGAAAAGCUGCUUCCCACUGAAGAGACUCCUGAGGACUCUUUGUUCAUGCCUCGACUUGGGGAGAGCAGUACUUCCGGGGUGCUGCCCAGCUCCCGGAUAAGGCACAGAUCGGAGCCCCAGCACCCCAAGGAGAAGCCAUUUGUGUUCAACCUCGAUGAUGAAAACAUACGGACCUCUGAUGUGUGAUGAGGCGCAGUGCCCAGGAGGGAGGGGGAGGACUCAGACGUCCAAGGGGCCGUGACUCAGUUUCUCCACCUGCUGGAGGACAGUCAGAGGCCUUCCUGGCACUCACAUCCCUGUGGAGCUCUCUUGGGGGAGGGGAGCAUCAGCUGGUUUUUUUUUUUUUAAAAAAAAAAUCAAUGCAGUGUUUUUAAUUCGGGAAAGUCACUAGGUUAGACCUGUAGGCUUGCUCAGUGGAGAGCGGGGUGCCUCUUACUUUGACUCUUCCAUGGUCCACCUGGUGAGAGGAGGUUGGAAGUCCAAUUUCAUCCCUAACCAAGUUUUAGUUCCUUGUCCUUGUCUUAUUAGUUUCUUCCCUUUGUUUUCAGGCCGGGCACAGAACCUUGAGGCCAGUCAUCUGGUUUUAUCCUAUUCCUGUUCAUUGGCUGAAGUUUGACUGUGAAGUAGGAGGGUGGGAACUAACCCAACUGAAACUGGGGGAAGCGGUGGGGGAUACCCAGGCUCCAGCUUGGCCGGGAUACAUUCUGAGUGAAGGUGUCAAAAUCUGGGUGCUGGUGGGGGGGGCCCUGAAUGUUGACCAGGGCAGAUUCCCCCCCUCCUCCAGGGGACCUCCAUCGGGGAAGAAAUAGGGACCUCUUGUAAAGAAUGGGAGAAUGCACUCCCAACCCCAGUGCAUCAGCCAGUUUUGGGAAUUACUCUGUUCUCUUUGAGAUGUUCUUUGACCCCAAAUACUGUCCCCGUGAGAGACAGACCUGCCCACCCUGUUGCUGUGUCAGGCCCUUAGGAUGGGUUUAUCAGUGUUCAGUGCUGAGAACAGAACAGACAUUGCCCUUGAUAAUGGCGUUACUUGGAAUGUGUGGAGGGUUGAUGAGUGUAUGAUAAUUCACUUGUGUGAUACAUCAAAUCUGUAUUUUAGAGUUUGAGAGUUGCUUUAAAGCAGGUGCCGGGAAGAGAUGGAGUUUAGUUCAUCCAGCUAAAAAUUUUUGAUCCAUGUUUUCCAGACAGAAGAAAAGGUCUCUUUUCGCAAACACAGAUUAUCUUGGGUCCUUGCCUCUCAGCUCUUCUUUCAUGGGCCGAUAGUAGUCUAAUUUUAAGUGCUGUAUAUUGUAUACCUUGGCAGAUUUGCUUUCUUUCUGUUCUUUGUGUUGCCCUUUGGAUGAUGCCUCGUGUCUGUACUUGCAUGAUGAAAUCUUGUCGUCUGACGAGGUUCUACGUACUUAACAGUGAGGAGGUAACAAAGAUAAUCUUGAGAGAGAUUUAUAUCUUUAAUAAAAUAGAAACUGUGCAGAGAAACAUUGCUUUAGAGGCUAUGCAUUGCUGGUUAGAGAUUUCCCAGGUAGAAGAGCAUAGAUUGUAUUUCCCAUCCCGUAUUUUAGGAUGUACCUUCUUCCAUUUGACAAGAGAUCCUAUUUCCAGGGUCCCUGGGAGAAACUAUCUGUCCAGCUUAUGUGGUGAACUGCUACCAAGGUUCCCUAAAGGGAGGGAGCUUAACUCAGUUCUAUCUAGAACUCUUUAUCAGCUAGAUCAGUUAAUUUUGUCUUUAAAUUAAGAAUUAACGAGUAGAGGAGAAGACUGUGAUCAGAAAAUCCUUAGUGGCUUGAGGGAAAUCUUCUGUUUGUUUCGGGCAGUGUAGUUUCCUUGAAGUCUGUGUCAGGUUGAGAACUUUUCUUGACCGUACUGCUUUGGAGGUAACUUUCACUUAAAUUGUUUGCCCUAGUGGUCCUGGUAUAAAAAAGGAAAUCUACUCUAGAUUUCUCUCUCUCUCUUUUUUUCCCCUCUUUUCUGCAGCCUCCUGGAUACUUUUGUCCUUAGAAAUCCCUGGUUUGGAGAUUAUUUAUUUAUGAGUGAUCAAGGUGACAACAUACUUCAAGUAGCCUGAUUUCAAGAAGCCAUUCCCAAUUCUUAAAGUUCUUUGUCUCAGGUUUCAUCUUCAGAUUUUCCUCAAGAAAAUUCUUUGGCUAGGUGAAAGAAAGUGCACAGAGAUAUGGAACUAACAAAGAUAAAUUAGGAACUUUUGAGAUCUCUGUAAACAUUCCCUAACUCAUGGAAAGAUGUCAUCUCUUGGUGUUUAAGUUGUGAAAAUCUACCCAUUUCUUCCUCUUCUAAAUAAACUCUCUGCUAGAUUACUACUGCUAAAUUAAUUGGCCAUUAUGGUAAGCUGAUCUGUUUCUUAUUCAGUAAGGUUUAUUUUGAGAAUGUAUUAAAUUAAACAUACUUAUAAAUCCAGAUUGUAUUAUCAUAAUAGAGGGGAAACAAGGAUUCUAGUUGGCAGAUACUUGGGAAUUCCAAGUUAGAGCGUUGUUAAUGUAGUUCCAACACCAGAUAAAUAUAAUUAUCUUCAAUGAAGCUUAGAGGCAUUCUCAUUGCCAAAUCUUAUUUCAGAAUUCCUUUUGUGUUCAUAUUUCUUAGCUUCUGGUUAAUUUCACAUCACACCUUUUAAUGUCACUACACAUGUGAGCCAAAGAUGGUGCAUAUACGACCAAAGCAUUUGGUUUCAAAUGUGAAAAAUGGAACCAAAUGGAAAAAACAAGGAGGGGAUGCAAUAUCGAUUAGUAGUUAAGUGCAUAGGCUCUGGAAUAAAUCUGUUUGUUUUGUUUUGUUUUUUUUAAAAAAAGGAACCAAAAAA